AUGUCUUUGGCCAGUUCUGAGUCUAUAGGUAGUGAUACUUCAGUUAUGCAUCUCUUAAAUAAUGAUCCAAUGGUCACUAUAUUAUUUUUUGUUGUAGACAUUCAGUCCACUACAACGGACCCUGGCUUUCCCAAAAAUGCCAGCACAAACGACCCAGAAGUCAAGAAAGCAGUAAGGAUAACUGUGUAUGCAUAUAACAACAUGUCCAAUGAUGCUUUCCUAUUUAAAGAUCUGGAGAUAGAGAAAGCUAUGAUACAGGUUGUUAAAGGUAUAAAAUAUAUGCUGAGAACUAAACUAGCAAGGACAGUUUGUAACAAGAGCAUGAAGGAUGUUUUGGACGAGUGUGGCUUCCAACCAACAAAACCACUGAAGCAGAUCUUCACAUGCUACUCAGAAGUGUGGAAGAUUAGCUGGCAGCACAUUGAAAAAGUAUACGUCCUGAAAUGUUCGGAAGAUGCAUCUUCUCACAGACCUCCAACUACAGACCUUUUCUGUAGAGGUUUUUCUAUCUGUUGUCAUAUAAGACCCAAGGACAGCAAUGUAAUGUUUACUGUACAUGUGCUAAAAUUUCAUGAAUGGGUUUAAGAUAAGAGAGCGUUCUAUUGGAUAUGUAGACAGUGUAUAUAUAUA